AUGGGAGUGAGGUGUAAUUCUGAGAAGGAUCCCGGGGAUGGCAGGAUCACAAAGAUCCUGUUCCUUAUUGUCCCAGCCAACAGAGCGCUCUGUGCUUUGCCCAGAGGAGGCGAGCACAGGACACCAGGUGCCACCGGUGAUGCUCAGCCUGAUGCCCUACCCUCAGUGCAGGGCACCCUGCCGCACUUCAUCCAGGAGCCGGAGGACGCCUACAUUGUCAAGAGUAACCCCAUCAAGCUGCGCUGCCGAGCCGCGCCAGCCUUACAGAUCUUCUUCAAAUGCAACGGGGAGUGGGUGCACCAGAACGAGCACUUCUCCCAGGAGUAUAAGGACCUCAACACUGGGCUGAAGGUUCGUGAGGUGAUGAUCAAUGUGUCCCGUCAGCAGGUGGAGGAUUUCCAUGGCCCCGAGGACUACUGGUGUCUCUGUGUCGCCUGGAGCCACCUGGGUACCUCCAAGAGUCGCAAGGCUACUGUCCGCAUUGCCUACCUGAGGAAAAACUUUGAGCAGGACCCCCAGGGGAAGGAGGUGCCAAUCAAUGGGAUGAUCGUUCUGCACUGUCGCCCUCCAGAGGGAGUGCCUGUGGCGGAGGUGGAAUGGCUAAAAAACGAAGAGCUGGUGAGCUCCCUGACCGACGACAACAUCGACACGCGAGCCGACCACAACCUCAUCAUCAACGAGGCGCGUCUGUCUGACUCUGGCAACUACACCUGUCUGGCCAGCAACAUCGUGGCAAAGAGACGCAGCGCCACCGCCACUGUCAUAGUCUUUGUGAACGGCGGCUGGUCCCUGUGGACGGAGUGGUCGCCCUGUAAUGUGCCGUGUGGGCGGGGUGUCCAGAAGCGAUCACGAACCUGUACUAACCCAGCUCCUCUGAACGGCGGGGCUUUCUGCGAGGGCAUGUCCGUACAGAAGAUCACCUGCAACGCACUCUGCCCAAUUGACGGAGGCUGGGACGAGUGGAGCGAAUGGACCGUAUGCAGCAACCAGUGCGAGAGGCAGCGGAGUCGCGAAUGCAACUCCCCGGCACCCAGACACCGAGGCAAGAUGUGCGAAGGGAACAGCGAGGCCACUGAGAACUGCACAGAUGGACUGUGUACCCAGAAUCGAAAGCUGCUACAUGACGUUAAACCUCAAAGUAUGGACGGCUCCAACGACAUAGCUCUGUACUCGGGUCUUGGAGCCGGCAUCAUCGCCGUGGCGAUCCUCGUAGUGGCCGUCAUGCUGUACAGGAAGAACCACAGCGAGUACGGAGUGGACGUCAUUGACUCCUCCGCGCUCACCGGGGGUUUCCAGUCUUUCAACUUCAAGACCACCAGACAAGGCAACCCACUGCUUCUCAACUCCUCGAUGCAGCCUGACUUAACAGUGGGACGGACAUACAGUACUCCCCUCUGCUUCCAGGACAGCACAGACAAAGAGCUCUUUGACCCCCUGCCAGACAUCAAGGUCAAAGUUCAGAGCUCCUUUAUGGUUUCACUAGGUGUGGCGGAACGCGCGGAGUUCCACGCCAAAGCCCCCGCCGAGACCUUCCCACGGGACCUGAGCCGGGACUACUGCAGCACCAUGGACAGACGCAAGAAGGGGCUGCUCACCCUCAACGGGCCCUUAAGCGCCGGCAAGGAGCAGCUGAGGACCACGGGCGUGUUCGGCCACCCUGGAGGGCGACUGGUGGUGCCAAACACCGGGGUCAGCCUGCUGGUGCCUCAUGGAGCUGUGGCUGAGAAUAUGUCCUGGGAGAUGUACAUGGUGAUCAAUCAGGGAGAGGCAAGUGUCCAAACACUGGAAGGCUGUGAAAUCCUCCUGGGCCCAGAGGUGACGUACGGUCCUCCGGGUCUGGACCUCUUCUGCCCAGUGGCCAUGACUAUCGCUCACUGCGCCGAGGUGGACGCCGAGAACUGGAACAUCCAGCUCAAGAGGAGAACCCAGGACAGCAAAUGGGAGGAAGUGAUGUCAGUGGAGGAGGAGUCCACUUCCUGUUACUGCCUGAUGGACUCGUCGAGCUGCCACCUGCUGCUGGACCAGCCAGGCUCGUACGCCCUGGUGGGCGAGCCCCUGACGCAGGCUGCCGUCAAGAGGCUGAAGCUGGCUGUGUUUGGGAGCAUGGAGGGCGGCUCCAUGAACUACAGCCUGCGGGUGUACUGUGUGGACGACACGCCACACGCCUUUCAGGGAGUGGUGGCUGCAGAGAAAACCAGAGGGGGUCAGCUCCUCGAGGAGCCAAAGAUGUUGCCUUUCAGAGCGAACACCUUCAGCCUCCAGGUGUCCAUCCAGGAUGUUCCCCAGUUCCUGUGGAGCAUCAAACCCUUUACUACAUGUCAGGAAUUCUCCUUCCCCCAAGUGUGGUGCAGCAACCAGCAGCCCCUGCACUGUGCCUUCUCUCUGGAGAGAUACAGCCCUGCCACCGCCCAGCUCUCCUGCAAAAUCAGCGUGCGCCAGGUCAAAGGCCACGAGCAGAUUCUGCAGGUCUACACGGCUGUGGCCGAGACUGAAAAGGAGUCAGUUCCAUUUUUUAUGCAGACAGACUGCACCAUCACGUCCCAGACGGGGCCCAAGGCCUUCAAAAUCCCCCUGUCCAUCCGCCAGAGGAUCUGUGCCACCUUCGACACUGCCAACGCCAAGGGCAAGGACUGGCAACUCUUAGCCCAGAAACUUCACUUAGAUCGAAACCUGGGUUAUUUUGCAAAGCAGCGGAGUCCGUCUGCCGUCAUACUGAGCCUGUGGGAGGCUCGCCACCAGGACACUGCUGACCUUGACUCUCUAGCCAGCGCCCUCGAGGAGAUUGGCAAAAUCCACUCCAAAAGCUCCCCCAAGGACCAGGAUGAGCCGGAGUCUGACUUCAAUCACAUACAAGCGGGCAGCCUGUGUGCGACGGGCGAGCUAGCGAGUGAGAAGACGGAGGACUCUGCUCCUGAAUACACAGGCUGA